UGUCAAUUUUUUUUCACAAUAUGGAACUAUUACUUUAUCGUUGUAAGCUAUUUUUCAGGGCAUUAAAUGAAGGAAAAACAUCCUUUUUCUUUUCGGAUGCACCCAAAUGGUUACAUUCGGAUGAAAACUUCUUUCCACAAUAUAUUAAAGCACCACUUCAUGGCUUAUACGGUGAAUAUUCUUGGAAACAGGAAGAUACCAAUAAUAUAAUAAAGUUGAUAAUAAAAACACUUCCCCGUGUAUAUCCUUUCUACUUCACUUCAGAAAUGGCCUCCAUUGAUUAUACCAAUAGAAACAAAUGGAUAUCUUUUAAUUCUUCUCAUUAUCUUAUGAAUAGACUCGAAGCCAAUUUGCAAGAUAAACUUGUCCAAAAUUCUGUAAGUCUCUUUCCAAAAAAUUGGCUUUUAGGUUUUAAGUUCCUAUAUGAGUAUGACUGGCAUCCAGUCCCGAAUCGUCCAGAUAAGGGGAGAAAUGACAUUAUUCUUACGAAUGGCAAGGGGAUAUUCGCAGUUGUUGAGGCAAAAGUUAUCAAUUCCCAUUCUGACAAAUAUCAAAAGUAUCGUGAUGUAAAAGGACAGGCCACUGAUUAUAAAAAGAUGUUUCUUGAGCGCUUUGCUGAUGAUCCUGCAGUUAUUGCAGUUAUUGGUGUUUGGUUCACAAAUGAAAAUUACUAUAAAGAAAACUUCUCAAUUGGAUUCACAAAUGAAAUAGACCAGACAAUUGCCAAAGCUGUAGAACCAGAUAAUCCUCAUUUGCUUGGAUAUCUUUUAAUUUUGCGGGGAAUCCUUGGAUCACUCUUCGUCUUGGCUCUCUUCUCGGUUUUCUGUAGGAUGGUUAUUCCCAAUUUUUAUUGGACCGUUGUCUACCCGGAUUGCAAUUAUUUUUCAUAUAACGAAUGUGGAAUUCUUAUCGAUAUCUCGUUAGGUUUUAUCACAUUUUUUAUACUAAGUCUCAUAGUUCCUGCACAAUUAGAAAUAAAUUCAUUAACAGCUUUGUAAACUUGCACCAGCAUUUCUUCCUCCUGCUAUUUUACAUUGUUCAUGUUUUCGUUCUAGUUAGCGAACUAUUAUUAAAAGAUUAUGGGUUUAAGGUUGAAAUCAAAUUCAUAUGCAAGGAAAAAAAUACAAAAUGCAUAUGUUACUAUACUUUGUAAUGGUAUUGUCGUGCAUAAAUAGCUUAAACUGCAUACUAUACAUGUAGUGUGUAUAUGUUAAGCUGAUAACAACAAUAUUGCAAUGACGCGCAUUAUCAUGAUUUUUUGCAUACCAUAUGUGAUGUUGGCUUCGCAAUAAGACAGGAAAGAAAUAUUAUGUCUUGGAUACACGCGAAAAAAUUCUUGGCAAGUGAAACACAGAAAGCACUUGUAAUUUUUUAAUUUAUUGACCGGAGUUAAUAUUACUAGCAACCUAGAUGCAUCACAGUACUAACAUGUA